AUGAGUGGAGCAGCUGAAGGUUCUGUACCGGUCCCCCAGGCUGUUACGGAAGAUUAUAAGAAGCUUAUAUUUUCCUUCAUUCAAAUGAUACGGUCCACUGAAACUUCCACACCUGACCGUGUGACCGCCAUUGUGCAGUUGCUAGGUGAGGAAUAUGGUGUGGAUCCUGCAGGUGUAGGCGGUUGCCACGACACGGGCGUUGCGCUUCUCCCAGCCUUUCAACAGGCACUAAACGAAAUGAAGAAAAGCGUCAGCAUUCAGCAGGAUGAUAAAUUUAACGCCUUUCUCGAUUUACUCCGUAAGAAAGGUUACUUUGCAGGUGCUGAAGAGGGGUCAGAGGAGUAUAAUUCUCGUCUGGAGAAAGCGAGGGAAAAGUUUGAAAAGCGUAACAACCCAUAUGAGGGAAUGACAGCUGAAGAGAUCAAAAACAAGGGGAAUGAACUCAUGGGACUCGCCAACUAUAAGCAAGCCGUGGCGUAUUACACCAAAGCAAUUGAGAUGGAACCCGAAAACCACGUCUUUUUCGCCAAUCGAGCAGCUGCUCACACUCACUUAAAGGACUACCGCAGUGCGAUUAUUGACUGUGAGCGAUCCAUUUCAAUUUGUCCUACAUAUGCCAAAGCAUACUCACGACUCGGAACAACCCUCUUCUACCAAGAGAAUUAUCAGCGUGCUGUUGACGCCUUCAGCAAGGCAUGUGAGUUGGAUCCCACCAAUGAACGUUACAGGGAGGACCUGAAGCAGGUGGAGGAAAAGGCAAAGCAGAGCAACUCUGCCACUGCGGGAAUGGGUGGAACUCCUUUUGGUGCAGACGGAAUGUUCAAUUUCUCUCAGGUUGCGGAAGUGAUGAAGAACCCGCAAUUUGUUGAGACCGCCACACGCCUAAUGUCGAACCCACAGUUCAACCAGGCAGUGGUACAAAUGGCCUCACGUAUUGGCGGUUUAUCCGAUAAUCCGGAGGAGGUGGCCCGGUUGAUGGGUUCAGGUAUGGGAAUGCUUUCAGCAGGAGGUGAUGUGGAUUUCACACGUUUGUUUGGAGAUAUCGACCGCGAGGCAUUGGAGCGAUUUAAAGAAGAAGAGGCGGGACGCAAUCCAAGGUUACGUGCCAUCAUGGAAGAUGUGCAACGCAAUGGCCCCUCUGCGUUUCAACAACAUAUGAAUGACCCAGAAGUGAUGAAUCUCAUGCUUAAGUUCCAAAAUAUUCUACUGAAUAAUGGCGGAGGUGGGGCCAACGGUGGUGCUUCCUCCUAA